CUGUGGUGUUUUAUAGAACAAGAGACGACAUUGUCCCCUGGACCAUCAUCCAAGGUCAUGAGGACACCAGCGUCGGGAUCAGUGAGCAAUGUGCCCCUAGGACCUCGACUGGAAUGUCCGUCCGUCUGGGCGUUCGAAGUUCCAAGCAGAUGACAGCAUGUUGUGAAAUCCGAGUGUUCCAACGGGUUCCAUGGCGCCGCCUCGGUAGCGUUCCAAGCGCGAUGAUAUCCUGGCUCCGUAGUCGAGGGGGGGAUAUCGGCCUUCUCGUCCGUCUUGGAUCCUCUUGGAGUCCUGGAGCAACCUCGCCGUGCCUGAGCUGCGAGCUCCAGGGAGUUCAGGUCCGGAUGCCAUUGGCUGAGGGAUGGGGAUUCCCCAGGACGCCACGCUCCAGCUAUCCCGUUUGGGGGCACGCGGGAGGCUGUUUCCGAUGCGGGUAUCGCAUCCACAUGGUGGUCGACGAUUGUUUGUGGGGAAAUGUAACAGUCCGUUUCACCAGCGCCAGUUCGAUGCCACGUGAAGGCUUCAUGCAAAAACGUCGUGGAGCAUGUCGCGGAGCAGUUGACCAGGAUCUUUUCCAUGGCUUUCAUUUGCGGCGACCCGAGCGCACGGUUCCUGCAAUAUAAAAUAUAUCCGUAUAUUGCUGCAAUACCGACAUGCAGAACGGCUCGGUAGUGGCGCGCCUUAGUUGACCCAGGCUGAUCGUCGCGGCCUGGUAUUGAGACGCAGAAUUGGAAAGGAUAAAACGUGCGGCAACCCGCUUCAUCCCACGUGGGGAUCGCCAAGAUAUCCUCGCCGGACAGUUCUGAAAGGGGAAGGAGUUCCCGUCUGCUGGCUGCCCAACUUCUUAUCACUGGCACAGUACUUCACCUGCCAAAGCCAGUGGUGACUCCUCUU